CGCGCACCCUGACCGUUGAGGCGCGCUCGCCACGGUCCAUCAUUAUUAUUACUAAUAACAUGGCACUCUGAGUCGUAUGCUAAACCAGCUCUCCCGCAGAAUCCAGACGGCGCUCACCCCAUGUGAGACGUUCAAAUAAGAAGUAGAAGAAGAAGAAAGUUUGAACGCUCCUUUUCUAACUUCGCGGUUGCCAUGGCAGCAGGUUCACGUGAGGCUGGGGAGGGAAGUGACGAGCUGUUGUUGGGACACGUGACCCGGGCUGCGCUGCCGCUGAUCUGUUGUGACAAGCAGCGAGGAGGAGGUGAGGAGAGGAUCCAGGUCGCAUCGAGCCGAGCAGGACGCUAGCUUAUGGUCUGGUCCCUCGGACGGCUCUGGUUCGUUAGAUCGUCUCACCCGACGGGUCACCGGGAGGACGGCGUCUCUGUCCCCGCGCCGCGAGACAUCUGCUCCCCCUGCACCGCGACGACACGUCGUAUUGUUUUGUUUGUUUUCAAAGUUGGACUGGAAGAAGACCGAUAAUUGUUUCAUUUGACCUGAACUGACCGUUUCGAGUGAGAUAUAACCCCCAGACGAUGUGACAGUUUGGCUACACUUUGGUCCCGUUCUGCCCGAAGAAUAAUUCACCAAAACGGUUCUUCCUAACUACGACCGCGUUGGUCGUGCUGGUCGAGACGGUCGUGGUGAACCGAGCCGAGACCCCCCUGCGCUACGGCUUGUCAGGGGUUGUUAGUCCGGUGUCGUGGUGGUACUCACAGGCACACACCACCCGUAUGGCCAGCGUGUUGUCAGCUCGUCCGCACAGCUGGUAGGGCUGGUCGUGGUCCGAUAGGCUCCGGUACAGUGGUACGGUUCGGUGCCACGGGACCCGAAAUGUGUGGCGACGGAGCGGGGGUCCUGGUGGAGGAUUCAGAGACUGAUCGUAAGGGUAGCCUGAUGGCUAGCUGAGAAGAGGCAGUCCGCUCAGUCGAUCUCCUCGUCCAAGGCCAGAUACAUAUAGAAAUACACGAUCAGUUCAGCAGCCGAUUAGAAGACAGUGACUCUGACAAAGCGAUGCUUUGUUGUCGGACAGGAGACAACUGUCAGCGACGUACAGGCUCCACAGCUGACUGUGUUGGGUGGGCUCCUGCAUCAGGUGAAGCCACUGCGAGGACCAGGGCUCAGGGCAGGGGCCAUAAGCGCAUAGGCUGUGUGUGAACAGGACCUGUGGACAGAGGGACAACUCGAAGACCGAGAGGACUCUUGGGAGGUCUUCACGAUGACACUGGACAACAUGAAAACAGAGAGAGGCUCGGAGCCGUCAGAGGAGUUCUUCGAGUACGACGCGGAGGACUUCCUGGGGCUGCUGACCCUCCUCAUCACGGAGGGCCGGACCCCUGAGUGCUCGGUGAAGGGCCGCACUGAGGGGCUGCACUGCCCCCCCGCCCAGUCCGCCAUGCCCCCCCUGCACAGGCACGAGUGCAGCGACAAACUGCCCCAGUGUCGGCAGGCCAGUCGCACACGGUCUGAGGUGAUGCUCCUGUGGCGGAACGGUAUCCCCAUCAUGAUCGAGGUCAUGUUACUGCCAGACUGUUGCUAUGGUGACGAGUGCCCCCCCAAUGACCUGAUCAGCGACCCGGUCAUCAAGCAAGACGCUCUGCUUCUGGAGAGGUGGAGCCUGCAGCCCAUGCCCAGACAGAGCGGCGACCGCUUCAUCGAGGAGAAGACGCUGCUGCUGGCCGUGCGCUCCUACGUCUUCUUCUCCCAGCUCAGCGCCUGGCUCAGCGCAUCCCACGGCAUCGUGCCCCGCAACAUCCUGUACAGGAUCAGCCCUGCCGACGAGGAGCUCCUCUGGCAGUUCUCCCAGCCCCCGUCGGAGCACCUCUUCCCCGUCCCCAACGUGUCCCAGAGCGUGGCGCUCCGUGUGCGCGUGCAGUCGCUCCCCCGCCAGCCCACCUACCCCACCCUGGCCUGUAGCAUCCACACCGGCCUGCCCUGGCCCGGCAAGAGCCUGGGCCACGGCCCCCGGCCCGACCCCUCCGCCCUCCGCAAGGCUCCGGAGAGAGGCGGAGACCCCCCACCCCCGCCCGCCUCCGCCCCGCCCCUCUACGCCAAGACCCCCGGCUCGGCGCCGCCCCUCCCCGCGAGCACGCUGCCAGACCGCCCCCAAGAGCCAGGGCCCCCCCGCGACCACGGGACCCUCUACCAGAACGGGGCCGACCCCCCGCCCCGCCAGGGCUCCCCUCUGUUCCACAAACCUCCCCCCCGCUCCCCCACCCCCUCCCGAGCGCACUCCCCCCGCCCGGCGCCCCCGGGGAAGGCGGUGCGCUGGCUCUACUCCGCCCUCAACGGGGGGCCCUUGGACCCCGCCCCCCCGGCGGACGACGGCUCCAAGGCCGCGCCCGCCGCGCCGCCGAUGAGAGCCUUCAAGGCCUUCUCGCUGGCGGAGCCGGCCCGCGGCCCCUCCCCGCGGCCCCUGGAGACCAACCCCCUGAUCGGCUCCCUGCUGCAGGACAGGCAGGAGGUGAUCGCCCGCAUCGCCCAGAGGCUCAACUUCUGCGACCCCGGCGCGCCGCCGCUGCCCGCCGGGCUGUUCGCACCGGGCACCGUGCCCAAAGCCACCUGGGGCGGCGGCCACGACGACCACGGCCGCAAGAGCAAAGAGGCCGACCGGCCGCCCCCCGGAGAGGCCCCGGCCCACGCCAGGCCCCCCGCCUUCCGGACGCCCGAGGGAGACCCCCCGCCGCCGGGCAGGCGCCAGACCCUUGCCGUUCCCCCCGCCGCCUGCAGACGGCUGAAGAUGACCCGGGAGGAGGAGAGGAACGGGGAGAAGGAGAGGGACAGGGAGCUGCAGAGAGAGAGGCAGAGAGAGCAGCAGAGAGAGCAGCAGAGAGAGCACCAGAGGGGCCAGGAGAGAUGCAGGGAGAGGGAGAGAGACCGAGACAGGGAAAGGGAGCUGGAGAUGGAGAGAGAGAAGGAUAGACAGAGGGAGAGAGUGAUGGAGAGAGACAGAGACAGGGAGAGAGUCAGGGAGCUGGAGAUGCAGAGAGAGAAGGAUCAAGAGAGGGAGAGAGAGACGGCGAGGGACAGGGAGAGGGAGACCGGCGGGGAGGGGGAGCGAGAGAGAGACUGUUCUCUGAUCGCCCAGGCCGUGCAAGACAUCAGCCGGCUGAUCCAGGAGAGGCUGUCGCUGCCCCCGUCGUCGCCCCCCACGCACAGCCGGAGUGGCUACACCCUGCGUCACACACACUCCACCACCAUCACGCACACGGUCCGCACGUACACCCCCGGCCCCACAACACACCCCACGCCUCAGGGGCCCCCCGUGGCCACGCCCCCCGGCGGCGCCCGCACGACAGGCGACGCCCACCGGCCCACGGUUUGCACAGAGAAGCCCCCCGUGGAGACGGCCCACAACGGCUCUCACUUUAUACUUGAAGACUCGACGCGGCCGAACGCCCCGUCCCCCCGGUCCCGCGCCCCCCAGUGUUUACAGCCUCCUGCCCCCCCUCCGGGGGACCCCAGCCGCCGUGCUCCCAGCCAUACCUCGCCCCUGGAGAACGGCCUGCCCUCGACCCCGCACCCCGGCCGGACCCCCGCCGGCCCCGGGUCCAACGAGAGCCAGACCCAGUAUAGCGUUCCGGCCCAGCCCAUCCCCCUGCAGAACGAGAACCUGGCCCCCCCCGGGUCGUCCAACUCCAGCUGGACCAGUCUGGAGAUGACGCCCCCAAGCACUGUACUGAGGUCUCACAGCUCCUCCCCCUUGCGACCAUGCAACAGCUGGAAAAAGCAGAACCGACACUCGCUCGACGGCAUGGCAACCAAGGCCUUCCACCCGUGCACUGGCCUGCCCCUGCUGUCCAGCCCUGUUCCUCAGAGGAAGAACCAGACGGGGUACUUUGACCUGGACGCCUCUCUGACGGGCUGUAACGGUCUGCCCUGGGCCUCUGGAAAGAGGGUGAGUAUAAAGAGAGGAGAGGAAGUCACAGAGGAAUCCCACCAGCUCUUCAGUGCCAGUGCCCCCCCAGCUGGCCUCAGUCUCCUUGGGAACUUUGAGGAGUGUGUGUUGAACUACCGCCUGGAGCCCUUGGGCAAUGUGGACGGCUUCAUCGCUGAGGUGGGGGCCAGCGGCUCCUUUUGCCCCAGCCACAUGACCUUACCUGUGGACGUGUCCUUCUACAGCGUCUCCGAAGACAACGCCCCCUCGCCAUAUAUGGGUGUGAUCAACCUGGAGUCGCUGGGGAAGCGAGGCUACCGCGUCCCCCCAUCUGGAACCAUUCAAGUGACCUUAUUCAACCCCAACAAGACAGUGGUGAAGAUGUUCGUGGUGAUGUACGACCUGCGAGCCCUGCCCUCCGGCCACCAGACCUUCCUUCGCCAGCGGACCUUCUCCAUUCCCGUCAGCCGGGGCAACGCCCACAAUCACAACAGCAGGAAGCCCCUCCCACUGGGACCAGUCCGAACUCUGCGCUACCUCAUCCACCUGAGGUUCCAGUGCUCCAAGUCCGGGAAGGUCUACCUCCACCGGGACAUCCGUCUGCUCUUCUCCAGGAAGUCCAUGGAGGUGGACAGCGGCGCCGCCUAUGAGCUCCAGUCCUUCAUCGAGUCCCCCGCCGACCCCCCGUUCUCCGCCCGCUGCUGAGCCC